AUGAACCAGGGUUCGAUUUCAUCUGCUCUGCUCUGUCUCGUUCUUGCACGUCAAGCCGUGUGUUUAAGUGCUCGUAAGUUCCAUUGAUUGAUGCUUUGGAAAAAUGGUUACUGGUAUUACAGAGGUUAUAUUACGGCAGAUUAUGCGUUUGGGAGAAAAUCCAUGCAAAGGACGCAUGGACGUCGUAUUAGUGCGUUUCGCGGUAUUUGGAAAAUAUGUGCAUUGAUAAAUGUAAAAUACGCUUGAUCACACAUUCGAACUUCAAACUAUUAUCAUUAAAUUUAAUGCCUCAAACGAACCAAAAAUCUACCAGUUUAUUCCGCCUCAGUCAGUUAGCGUUCGCUUAAUAAAUCGCAGGGUUAAAACAAUGCCAAUUUAAGUAUAUGACACUGCCAACUUGUAAAUAAUCUUCGUUUAAUACAUUUAGAUGCUCUUCCUGCUGUGUGCAAUUACACUUAUCCGUAUAUCACAAGGGCAUCCGGUCCGCUUAACAUAACCGUUUUAACUGCAAAAGAGCCAAAUGUAAGUUUUAACGUGUUUUUGAGAAAAUAUGUUGGUCAAUAAAUACCUAUUAUUUUGACCAUUACGACACCGUUAGCUGAGCUCAGUUUGUUUCUGACAAUAUUUCUCAAAAAACACUACGGGUUAAAUCAUAAGAUGUAAUAACCUUUAUGACUCAGGCAGUGCCUAGAUCAAGCGUCACGGCAUGUUUAACAAACAAUCAAAUUAGAAAAUAAACUCCGUCUAACGUUGUUGAAAUUUGCGCUAUCUAUCGGUACCUGAUAAACAUGUUUUAGAAAUAUCAUUGUCUUGUUUCAAAAUAAGUUCCAUAUUUGACGGUUUCUGUAGCAGAUCAAUGGUAAUCUGGAACUAGGUGGGCAAAGGAGAGUAGAUGUCUAAGUAAAAACAUUCUGGCAACGCAGAAAGUGACACUGCUCGUGUAUGGCCUUGGUAGCUGGAAUUAGUUUGAGGAUGUUUCUAACGAGUGAAUGCAUCAGCACACGCUUUGCUGUGUGCCUGCUUAGAAUAAGUAUAGUUUAUCACUUAGACUUUUUUCAAACCGUUUUUAUAGAUUCAGCUUAAAAUCAUAAAAACGUUUAACAUCUUCCACAAUACCCUUGAAUAAAUGCGUUACUUGCGUUGCACUGGCAGAAAAUUCCUUGCCAUGAAAAAGCGGUCAAGCAUGCAUCCAUUUAUAACACAUAGUUAGUGAAAUUCGCCCUUAUUUCCGUUUUGUUUUCAGGAAAUUUGCAUUACUCAAAGAAAUGAAUCGUAUGUGAUCGAAAAUCACAUGUGUGUUGACAAACUUGGCGUGAAGCUCUCGUUUCCUUGUCCCUACGUGUGCGGUAAGAAAAUUCCAAUACAUACUAUAUUUCACUAUUUAUCCUAAUUAUGUUCUUUCCAAAUUCAUUUUCUAAGCGUACUUAGUUGAUAUCAAAGCAAACCGGCAGACUGUAAGAUGUUCAAAAACCGUGAUUGCCUUUUACUGAAAUUUUAUGCUGUGCAUAUCUGCCUGUUAAGUCGGACUGACUGUUAUGCUUUGUAUAUGCGACAAGGUUGGCUGUCCAAACAAUAACGUCCGAUUCAUACGUCCAUAUGUAAUAACUACCUUACUUAUGCAUUAUCUGAGCAUCUGUAAGACGGAGCAGGUUUAGCCUCUUGUGAUUAUUCAUAAACACAUUAAAACACUGUGGUCUUAUGUCUCAUUGCUUUAAAUGGCGUUACCAAAAACACCGUAACUUCAAAUGCUUACAGAGUAAAACGCAUAAAUUCUGCGUUUCAUAUUUUGUCUACAAUGUGAAAAACAAUAUUUCAGUUCAUUGGAGACCACACACGACAUAUACGUUUUUUCAAUCAUUACAUUACGGAGGACUCGUUGGCCUUGAAACAAAUACCCUUGAGGGUUUCACAACACACUUUAAUCUUUAAUUAAAGAACAUGUUGGUGCGUAAUCUAAAUGAACAAUGAGCUAAAAUAGCAAAUCCGCGCUUCACCUUAAUCCAUAAAAUUAAAAAAAUAACCUGAAAAAUUUCAUUGAAGUCACAUUCUUCUAUCAGUAUUCAGACUCAAUGAAAAACAAAAACGCCUCUGAGUACUCCAAAAGUCGUCUGCCAAAAACGCAUAUUGUAAAUUGUUUAUUAGUUAUGCAUUAAUGUGGUAGCGUAGUUUUGGCUGUCCAAACAAUAAAUUCUGGCUUAUACGUUCAUAUAUAUUCACUGCACCUUACUUAUGCAUUAUGUGGGCAUUUAGAAGACAGAGCCGGUUUAGCCCCUUGUGCUAAAUCAUAUGCCUCUUAAACCUAAGCAUAUUGAACAAGUGUAGUCUAAUGUCUUGUUGGCUCUAAACAGCGUAAUAACUAAUUCUGUGCCUUUAAAUGCCUGCAGUUAUAAAGCGUAUACAUUUUGUCUUCCAUAUUUUGUCUACAGUGUGAAAUAUAAUAUCUCAGUUCUUUGGGGAGCACGCAACAAAAAUGCGCUUUUUUAACUAUUACGUUAUGAAAGACUAGUUGCGUCUUGGAAAAAACUACCAUCGACGGUUUCAUAACACAUUUUAAUUUUCACUUAAAGAACAUGCUGAUGCGUAGUCCAAUUGAGAAGUGAGUUAAUAUAUCACUUCUGCACUCUACCGUAAUCUAUACAGUUAAUAAAAUAACCCGAAGAAUUCCAUUAAAUUCACAUUUCUCCACCAGUAUUCAGCCUCGAAAGAAAAACAAAGGGCGCCUCUGAAUAUCACAAACUUCGUCUGCCAUAACACAUACUGUACACUAAGUAUUAGUUUGAACGUUCACUCGGAAGACAGCAAAAACGAUAACAACGACUGCGCAUGCAAUAAAGAAACUACUAACGUCAACAUGAAUUCAGACAGAUGCACCUAGAAUGUGACUUCUCUAUUUCAAUCUUUAAUGAACUUAACCACCAGCAGGACUACAAGCGCAUGCUAGCGAAUACGUAUAAAACGAGCACAACAAUCACCAUAAAUGCAACCUCAAAAAAAUUACUUUUAAGAAAUCUUGUUUACACUAAAGCUUUUAGAACAUUUAAUUAUUUACUCUAAUUAGUUGUUUGCAGACAUAAAUCACCUAAAUUGUUCUAGCAUUUUACUGUAAGGUUUUGGAAAUAAAAGUGUGUUUUACAGUAUAAUUUCAUAAGAGCUAAUGACACCAAUUACCGUGCCAUGCACUCAUAAAAAACUGGCUUUUGUGGAACUCUUAUCUCUUUUAUGGAUUACACCUUAUAAAUAAUGCUGCAUAAUCGGUAGAUAUGCUUGUAUCUCUCUUUAAUGUCUGCGCAAAUUACGAAAGCCUUUUACACAGUUUUUUUAUAAUAGCACGCCAACCUACACUGAAACCGCUGAAUUUAAUUGGAAUAUUCGGUUUAUCUAAGACGCCCUAAAUUUACCUUCAUUUACCUAUCCUGUUAAAAUUAUGGCUUCUGCAUUUUGAUUGAUGUCGCUGUGACAAAUACAUAGUAAGUUUUUUAGACAAACACCAUCACCGUAGCAUAGAAAUUCUUAUAUUUCGCCAAAUUACCAAUAUAAAUGUUCGGCAGGCUCCAUGUUUGAUUUGUGGAACACGUCGUUGACGCCUUGCCGACUUUCGACCGACCGAAGUCGGUUGACGCUCGCGCUUAUCAUAUUGCUAACCACUAACCAUUAAUAGUGUAUGCCUUUUACUAUUUAGUUGGCAGCAAUGUAUCCAACAAUUUCCACGAUAUUCCAGGCCGGAAUUGAUGCUGAAUGCAGACAGAACGCGGCCUUUUAUUAUGUGCUGGUACCAACGUCUGCUGUUUCUUCCAAAAUGUACGUAGCAGCGAGUGAAACGUAAACCUCCUGACAACAGGACACGAGUCCUUAUCGCAUCUGUAGGCAUGCCAUUGUGCAGUAUUUGCAAACCACAGAGUGACGCGCAUUGUUUGAGCACUGAUAAGUGGCUACUUAAAACCGUUUUCGAAAAAUCAGACUAAGCAUUGCUUGUCCAAGACCGUCGCGACUAUUUACGUCAGUAGGUUGACAGCGCAAACGAACGCACCUAAUUAGAAAAGGUAGCUCGACAUUAAAUAUUGAUCUGCAGUUGUCUGGCAGCUAUCUGUUUGGUUAAAAAGUGAUAUACGAUUACGACAAUAUCUUUGUGCAUGUUACCUGUGUCGGUGUUAACUUAUUCGCAUUAUGGGUUGGCCGAUAAAGCAAAAAUGCAUAUGCGGAAGAUGUGGGAAAAGGUGGCUGCAUAUGUCUAAUGCAAAGGAUGCCAAUGACGAUGCAUAAGACGGCUGACUUGCUCUUUCUUAUUUCUAUUUUCGCAGAGCUGCAUUUUUGCUUCCUGACCAUCCAGAUGGCCGAGGUAAGCGGAGUGGACGCAAUCUACUUGUAUUCCCACUCCUAUGAGCACAUAGGAGGCGUGUACAGAGAAAGGGGAAUGUACGCAAAAGAAAGUGAGUCUAUUGGCUAUGUCGUCUUUAACAAGACCGUUCUUUAAUUAAACGUCUUUACGAGGACUUGGGCCUUGAAAUUUACACAACCAAAUUUCCAAGUAUUUUAAGUGAGACCCCUGAAAUUAUAAAUGUAUCAACGUUUAUUUUAGGCAAAGUGGUGCAGAUUUAAAAACAAAUGCAUGUGCAAGUUUGCCAUUUAGUGCAAAUUAUGAAUAAAUUGUUGUUGCUACGUUAACUAAAAAUGAAAAUAGCGUCAAUUUUAAUUUGCGUAGACGCGUAAGCUUGCGAAACAUCAUGUUUUCACUUUAAAAUUAAUAUAUAUUCCACACUUCCUUGUAGGUCACUUUGAUCUGCAAGGGCCCGUUGUGCACUGCGUAAACGUUCAAAAUUUAGAGAUUACCUGGAGAGUAAGAAAACCAGCAGGCGUUGAUGUGGUAUGCAACUUUUAAAUUAGCCUAUGCUGAAGCACGAUAUACGUGAUAGACGAAAGAGGCAUUUUUCCAGAUACGUUCAAACUAAAUGCACAUCCUCAUUAUAACAUGUUUUCCUGUCUUUGUCUGACGUAAACCACAAGCCCCGUGCUCUCUUUUGACCAAAAACUGGAUUUUUCCACAGAUGUCAUGCGCAUACCAAGGAUCAUUUGAUUUGCGUUAUGUGAAUUUAGAAGGUAAUGGUUUUUUGCCUACCAAACCACUUAUCUUUUUAGUGUAUUUAUAAAGCAACGGGGUCCCAUUAAUGCCCCUUAGUAACUUUGUGUACCUAUGAGUUCAGCCCGAGGUCAGCAAAUUUAAAAAGAACAACAAGUUAAACAAUUUUUUUCAAACCCCCGAUACCAUCAUGCAUACAUAUAUUGACUUAGCAGUAACUAUCGGAUCUUACUGCACUCUGAUCUGAAGUUUGCGCAUUCGUAACGUAGUUAGAAAUUAUGUACAAAAUGAGUCAAAGACAGGUAGUCAGCUAAACAUAAAGAAUUCCGAUGAAUAAAUUAAAGUAACUGUCCGGUAGUCUUAACCGCAUAUAACUAUUUCUUUCUGGAAUUGAUUUUGAAAGUUUUUUUGACGCAUUUACCUCUUUCGGAAGUAGAGACAGUGUUUGAAUCAUUGGGAUCAUCUUAUUUACAUAUCUAGGGAAUUUGGUAUUUAUUUGCUCUGGCUAAGUCAGGGCAGUAAAAUGUUAGCUUGCCUCACACCAAGUCAAAUUAAAUUACAUUUUUCAGAACAGCAAUCACGGUCCACAUAACGGAAGUAAUUUUCAAAUUUGCAUUAAACAGACACAUAGCAUAUAAAACGCAUAACAACGCCGGGGUCAAGGUGUUACUUAUGCAUUUGCAUCCAACAUCAGAGUUGGUGCGAAGAAAUACGUCUCUCUUGUUGCAUUGCUUCCAGAAAGUCGCUUGACGUGCUUCUGUUAAUGGCAUUGACUUUUAGUUACCAUUUCAGAAUUAGAAGAAAACAUCUUAGUUUUGUUUGGGAUGAGGAAAAUUCCCCGCAUUAUAAUGGGACAAUGUUGAUAUGGGUGUAAAAUAAACCACACAUAAUUAGAAUGCAUAGAGGCUUAUAUGAGUGAUUGCAAGCGGAUUCUAAGACGUCCUGCGCAUACCUGCAGGCAGGCCUUGCUUGUCGUGGACGUUAAAAAUUGCUUUAGCUCACUGAAAUCCAUCCUUGUAAAUAGAUAGCACGAAUGCCAGUUACAUUUUUCGGCCACUAUUUGCUCUAAAUGUAACACGUGUGUGCUUAACAAGUGCUUUAUAUAUAAAGAGACUAAAGUUAUCAGCAUGUGUUAAGUUUUGACUCCAAAUUACCAGUAUUCCCACUUCUGUCAGGUCAAUUACAAAUAUAGGCCUUUGUAUCAUUUUUAAUGUCUUCUGACAAUAGCCAGCUAGUUUUAAAAUAUUCACGAGAUUUGUUUUUAAAACUAUUGCAUGUUUGAAUAUUUUAGAAACCAUGGAACUUCAGACCGCUACUGUAACCGCGUCUUUCAGUAAUAAAGUAUUCAAGGGAUUUACCUGCUGGAUAAAUGUGAACAACGUAUCCGUGGCCGUGGAACACUUCGUUUUAUGGUUAGGUACAUUUACUCGCCAAAUAUUUGCGUGCAUAAUUUUCACAUUUUCUAACAUUUAGAGCACUUUAGGAGCUGUGUGUAUUGACUGUCACAGAAUGCUAUCUAAACGCACACCAGUUACGUCUUGUAAGAAAAAUGUUCUAGAAGGCUGUCGAAUAAUGCAACCAAUCUUUAUGUUCGGACAAUAUUCUUGUUGCUAACUAUCCAAUAUUAAUUUAUUCUAUUAUAAUUAUUCUAAACAUGCAUAUGCUGCGUCUGCAGUCCAUUUACACUUAUGCCAUUGCAGACACAACAUUCACGCCUUAAUGCUGUGAUAUUAAAAUGAAUCCGACGUAUACAGUUAAGGUUGACAGUCUGUUAGCUAAAAAUUUUCCCACGCGUUUGACGGUAAUGUUUUUUAAUCUCGGUGCAGAUGUCGCAUAUUUUGAAAAAUCUGACGGCAAACAAAGACGAUUAGUAGGCCCUGAAGAGGCUGAAACGGAAUUAUCUUGGAAUUUUGUGAUUUCCACACCAAAUCAGGCGUUUGUGAGAAAUGUGUUUUAUCUUAAAUCGCUAUGCAGUUAAUGAAGCUUCCUUCUUUGCCCAUAAAAAAAUUAAUACUUUUACAUUAAAUGUAAUGUUCUCACCAAAGCCUGUAGUAACACAUUCUUAUUGACAGGCAACACUAAUGCGGCAUGCCAAAUACCAGAUUGCUGUUUUUGAGCUAACGCGGUACUGUUUACUGACCAAAUGUUUCUCAUUAAGAAACUAAUUCUUUACAUCAUUGCUAUUUGCCCCAUUUUUGCGUAUACACUCUGUGCGAUUCAAUACUUUCGGAGCACAUUGAGCAAGGGUGAUCUUUAAGUUUCAAGGUCAUAAAUUGAUAAGCAAAGAUGCACACCUUCGUACAUGAAGGCAGAACAUAUUUAAACUUAUUUUAUCUUCAUUUGUAGAACUUUACGUGUCUGAGCCACAACGGAGUGAAAUGUACUGGCGUCACAGAAGUUCCGGAGCCGGAAAAGUGUGGUAUGUCACCUAGACGUAGUAAUGAUAUCGUAAUUACAUAAACUAAUUCAGCACUUAGAAUGCGUUUCCGUAGCUCCAAAAUGCCUUGUCAUUUGAUUAUUGUGGGUUCGCACAUAUACCAUGUAGAUUCCAAGAGCGUCUGGCCUAUACCAUAACUGUUGCUAAUAGUGUAACGAUAUCCGUAAUAAAAUUCCUGCAACCCAAAGGAAGAAAUUCAAAUGUGCAUCUAUUGCCAAAUUUGGAUUACCAGUGCGAUCAAAAAUUCCUUUACUAGAAAUUGAAAAUACCGAGACAGGGAUGAAGUAUGCGGUAAGGACAAGCAUCGACGUGAACGACUUUGCCGCCUAUGUCUGCUACAUUGGCGAAGAGGCAUCUGCCCAAUCGGUGUACAAGCUCGGUGGGUGUUCUAGAUUUAUUUGGAUAUGCACAUUUAUCAUGUAAAAGGUAUUUGAAUUGCACUUUUAUUUGCUCGAUUAAAGACAUCUUGAUAGUUAUUUUGAAGGAUUGCAAAGCCAAAAGUGCGAUAAGCGUGCCAUUCGUACUGAGGCAAGGAUUUGUGCAGAUCGAUAAGGAGCUGUUCGGAAAAACCUAUGGGACAUUCGUCCGCUCUCACUUAGAGUAUGCAGUCCAGGCAUGGCGACCGUGGUUGAAGAACGAUUAUCAACGACUGGAAAGAGUAGAGGCGAUGGCUACGAAGAUGGUCAAGAAUCUUCAUAAUUUGCCUUACGAAAUCAGACUGAUUGAAUUAAAUCUGUUUCCUCUAAAUUGCAGGCAUUUGCACGGCGAUCUUAUUCAAACCUACAGGAUUGUCAAAAUCCGUGAGUGUGCCCUAGACUUUGAUGAAUUCCUUGAAUUGGCCCGGACUGACCGUCUGCUUGGUCAUCCGUUCAAACUGCAAAGGAAACGAGCUCAUUCGGACGUCCGACGGAACGCCUUCUCUCACAGGGUCAUCGGGGCAUGGAAUGGACUCCCCGAUGCCGUCGUUCUUUCCGAAAGUGCCAAAUCCUUUAAGUGCAGGCUAGACGCUCAUUUGUUGAUAACCUACUGUACAUAUAAUAAUGAUUGUUUUAGCGGCGGCAGUUUGCGCCUAGCUCACACUUACCGCUAAGUUCUUAACGUUUCGCUUUUGCUGAUGUAAUUGAUGACUUUAUUUCUGUUUAUCGAUGUGAAUAGGGAGCUCAAGGGCGAAAGCCUCAUUCUCUUAAUAAACUGACUUAAACUGACUAAAGAAAGCGGUCACUAUUAAAAGGAGUAUUUAUUGAUGAUGAAAAUGGUAGAAUUUGCAUUUUGUAUAACCAUCUGCACACCCUUAACACAAAUAAGUUCUGAGUACUAGCAUGAAAUGCUGUAGGCAAUAAUUAAUAUUAUGCAUGUUGAUAAAUUUGCUUCUCAUUUUUAACAAAAUCAUUAACUAAUGAUUUUGAAAAUAAAAUGAAAGAUUUAUGUUUUUGCCUUGUGGUUUUCAGGUAGAGGACAGCUAUGCUAAGAAGGUUGCGUUAGAAUCAAAAAAUGCCUAUCAGUAUUCGCGACGCUGCCCUCGAGGCAUUAUCCAGUCAUCCUGCAUAAGUAUGGUCAUAUUGGAACAACAUCCCACAACAAAAGCCAUGUUAACACAGGCGGUGGAAUUAAGGAAUAAGAGCAUAUGAGCAAAACGACAUGCGGUAAUAUCACUUGCGUUCCUUAAAUGUUAAAUGUCUGAUAAAUCACAGUGAUUCAGAAUAGCCACAAUGAUCUGUAAACUUAACCCGACGCUUUAAUUCGUGCCUAUAGAGGAUUGCUCGUAAAUCAUGUUUUGCACAUCUAAUCGAAUUUCGCCCGCGCUGUUUGAAUUUUUAAACGGCUUCUCCAAAAAUAUUGGAUAAUAGAGCACCUCAUCGACAUUCUAUCUUACGAUCAGGAAGACUCAUUCCCAAACUUCAUUUGCCGCUGGAACUUCGCCUUGACCUACACCACCUACAGUUCACAAACACUGUCUCAAUGUGCCUAGUGUUUCAGUGCAACGUCUACAGAGGCCGAGUCGAGUAAUUUGUAUUAUUACUAUGUUUGCUUGUCGCGCUGUAUAUAUUCAGGUCCUACACAAAUGCCAAAUCUAGACUUAGUUGAAACGCCAAUCAGACAUUCCACUUUCGAGUUUUUCGAGUGACCGUUAUAAAACCGUUACUCCUUAAAUUCGUUCCCAAAGAUUUUCCCUUCUACCUAAUUUAAGAAAGCACUACGAGCAUAUGCGCUGCUGCCUAAAUUCCGCCGUCGAUCUCACGAUCCUCGCAAAGCCGUCCGACAGCCCAACCCAAUCGGCCGAAUCAACGCGGUUGCAGCUCCUCCUACAAAAUUAUAUUGAUUGUACAGGCGGGCCACACGCAAAAAGGGUUUGUAGUGGAUGUCAGCUGUUAGCCCUCAGAGUCAGCCAUACCAAGAAAGAGACUGGACAGAUAUAGGCUCUUCUACAAAUUGAUAAGGUACACCUGAAGAAAAAAAUUCCCCCACUUGAAGAAUAACAAGGAGAAAAGCAAAAGUACCUCACUUGAAAGUCUCUAUACAAAUGUCUCCUAAACAGAUACGACUGCGCGAAAAAUAAAAUUGACAGCAGUCAAUAAGAAAAUGAGAAAGAAUAAAAAAGUUUGGUGUUAAAAAAACCCAAAAAAGGAACAGCCGCUGCUGAAUUAUAUCGCCACACCCCCCGAACCAAAAAACUCUAAAACAUUCCCUACAGUCCGUGUCAACGACCCCCUCCAAAUCAGACAAAACUGGUAUCGAUUAUCGAAACUGCGAUAGAAAAUGUGUUCUGUAAUCGCCAUCUAAUAUCCUUAAAGCAUCAAAUCCCACAGAGAGCGAUACAUCAACAAAAUAUACGAAAGAUAUCGCCUGAGACCAAUGUCUCGUUAUUCCAGGGACGGUGAAUUAAGUGCCAACAAUCAUAAAGAGCGGGUUACGGAAGAUCAAAGGCUUUUCCAAGGCUAUUCCAGCAAUAUGGUAGAACCCCUGAUGCAAAUAAAGUACUGAAAGCCUUCCGCCUCGGAAAACGGACGAGCAACCACCCAGCACAAACACGCCCCGACCCCUUUAAGUUGUGCUGGUUUGUAAGGAAAAAGCUGGGUUGAUUCUCUCUAUCGGUGCUUUAGAAUGUAAGGCACCAACGCCGGCGUUCUUUCAACCGGAUUUCUAGCCAUCAGAGAGGCUAAAAUGUCGUCUUCUACUUCCAGAGCUGAGGAAGAGGCUCAGCGAAGGAGAACUGAAUUUGGUUAUCUACAACAACCAAAUCAGCCAGCGUCCAACAUUCUUUCUGCGGACGCUCCCCAUCCGUAUGACCGCGCAGCUGACAUAGUAGGCGAAAGCCCUGAACGCAUCGCAAUUCUUUUAUGACAACCAUAAAUUGCAAACUGAAAUUCCUAUAUAAAAAUGUGCAGAACAUGUUAUCGGAUGUCGUCGAGCUAAAGAUCCAUCUAUCUAAACUACUACCGCACACAAUCUUACUAAAAGAAAUUUGGUUGAACCAGCAAGUGGACAACCGUGAGUUAACUAUACCAGUAUACCAGCUGUUUAGAAGAGACAGGCGAGGAUGUCAGGGUGAAGGUGUACUUACGUAUUUAAAAUAAAACAGAUAAACCUACGUGUACUUCCGAGACAAUUUGGAUAACUAUAUAAGCACCGGGUUCACCGAGCCUUGAGAUCCUGACUGUCUACCGACCGCCUAAGAAUUACUUCACGGCGGGCGCCCGACCUAUUAGAGAGAUUCCCUAUGCGGUCUAAAGUCUUUAUUAUGGAAUACUGCAUACACCUCUUAUCGACUGGAGUUCAGCUUAUGCAUCUGGUCCAGACAAUGCUUUCGACCGACGUUUGCUGGGCAUGACGCUCAGGUUAUUCCUCACUUAGCACGUCUCGUUCCCGACGAGAGUGUGCGAAGGGCAGCAAUCAAACUGCCUAGGUCUGCUCCUGAAUACGUCGCUGAACAGCACUGAUGGGGAGCAAUGUCUACCUUCCCUAGGUCUAGGCGACCACCUCGUACUGUUGUGGGAGUAUUCCAUCUUUCCUGUGUCCGGACAAGCCACCAGGGUCAGAUAGAACAUUUUACAUGGUGAAUUUGCCCAAAUGAAAGCUAAACUACACAGCAUAAACUGGGAACCAGCUUUUUCCAAUGACAUAAUGAAGGAAUAGAACGGGUUAAGGGAGAGCUGUUACAUUUUUCUCAGAGACCACUGUUGUAUUUCACGGAAGAAAUUGAACAGCUGACCUCCAUAGAUAGCAAAAGCUUUAAAAUGCGGUGAACAUUUAUUUGUGGUUAUUGGGGAAAUUCCUCUCGGAUAGGACCCCUGUGUUGAUAAAUGUAUAAAAGGCACAUAGGACGCUAGAUAAGAGGCUAAUCCUCCGGACGCGAGUACUUUCGAGAAAGACCUACUGAAUCGGGUCGUAGAAAAUCCUGAGUGAUUCUUUGGUUAUAUAAGAAGAACUACACGAAUAAGAGAUCCAUGCCCAUUAUUAAAAGCUAGUAACGACCUAGAACUCAGUGAAAGACGAAACAAAGGCAGCACCAAUAUCACAAUUUUUCGAAAUCCAUCUUUGCGAAUGAAAGCAAAUUACUGCCUCCCGACUGCGACAUUGUGGGCGGGCCAACAAGUGAGUUUGUCUAUUUUCCCGAAGCCAUUGUUCACAAAGAACUGGCGACGGUGAAUAUGUAUAAUCACCUGCGCCGGAUGACAUACCACCGAAAUUGUUGAAUGAGUUAGCUGGAGAACUAUCUAAACCGCUGUCCAUGCCUUUUCAAGCUGUGUUCAAAGCAGGUUAUUUGUACGCCAAUUAAAAAUAUACACGGAUCAUACCAAUUUAUAAAGGUGGCAGUAUGGAGUUAGCAAAAAAUUACAGACCAAUUAGCCUUAGUUCAAUUUGCUGCAAAAUUAUGCAAAAAAAUUAGGCGAAAAAUAAUGCGCUUCCUAAAAGAGCAUGAUUUGGUAUGCGAUGGCCAGUACGGAUUUUAUAGAGACAGAUCAUGCGAGAACAACCUACUUUAUUGUUUAGAACGUUGGAUCCGUGCCGCUGAUGGCGGCAAUGCAGUGCACGCAGUCUACGUCGACUUUAAGAAGACAUUCGACGGUGUACCGCAUCAGCGUCUCCUGUACAAAUGAAGUCGAACAGGUAUUAGGAAUACUCUUCUGAGAUGGAUCCGAAGCUUCUUGAUCAAUCGCUCUCAAAUCGUCUACGAGGCUUUUAAGCGCAAGUUGGAGCAGUGUACCACUAAACUUCAUAAUGCCACCUGACAGAUAUUGCCUUAUCAUCUCGUUUGAAGAGUUUAUUAUUAUUAUAAUACUACCGUAUAUCAGUAGCGUUUGUUUGUUAUUAUUUUCCCGACUCAGUUGGAUGUGAGAGCUGGCUGGAAUUCAGUCCAGGGAUUGGCGGCUAGAGUGAGACGCAUCUGCUCAACUGAAGCUAUUGAAGAAGAACUCCAUCAACUGCGGAACACAUCUCGCGAGAACGGAUACCCAGAUAGAUUUAUCCUUCGAAAUAUUGGGGAACGCGCCGAAAAGCCUACUGUUGCGACUGCGGAAAAGAAAGAUGCAUUCAUAAGAUUGCCUUUUGCAAGAGACGCAGAGAGCGAACUAGUCAGACGGCGCUUAACUACAGCUAUCACGAGGGCAUUCCCCACGGCGAAUUUACGCGUAUGCUUCACAAAGUCUUCCCUCCUCCGUUUGGGGGGUACAGACAGACUACUGUUGAAGGCCACAUCAAUGUGCAUUUAUUUAUUUCCUUGCUGCUGUGGAGCAGGAUACAUCGGCCGCACAACGAGACGCCUGAUAAAGACGGUGCUUGAACAUAUGCCCGCCUGGCUAGGCAGAGGUGAGACCCGGUCGAUUUCGAGUUCUACUCUCUCACAUUUACUCGAUAGGAAUCACCGAGUCGAUGCCAAGGAAGCAUGUCAGGUUGUCGACUGGACAACAAAAUGCUUCUCUAAUGCCUACUCCAACGAAUACUAGCAACGGCAGAGGCAGUGGCAAUACGGUUAGCGAAUCCGGUGUUAUGCUGUCAGAAAACCCUGACACAGGCGCUCUCUCUGCCGUGGUCGACGCAAACCCCAAUUGAUGACGCCAUGUCGCCUCAAAUCCCUGAUUACAGUGAAGGCUACUCCGCGUACUCAAUCAUAAAAACAUCACUCAAAGACUCUCUUACCCCCUCCCCUAGCUCUGAGGACCAACACCCGCCGACCUUGUCAUGCGGGUGGCGUGGAGAUUAUGAGUGUUAAUGACUUAAUAGACCUUGAGACAUCUCUAAACCCUGUUGAUUUUGUAUUUUUUCAUUCCUGCCGAAGAAUUAACAAAAACACGUUUUCGCCAACUUGACUUUUCAAGUUGGCAUUUAAUUUGUCUCCUCCAGAAACUGGGAUUGCACCUAUUAUCCAUGGACAGAAUACUGUACAAAACAGUUAGUAAUGUCAAUAUUUUAAAAACUUGUGGCAAUUCGUUUAUCAGGCUGGCUUUUAUAUUUAUUGUUUACAUUAUCACAUUUUUGAUAUGAUUUUCUUCAUCGUGAAAAACAGGCAGCUCACAGUUUCAACACCUACGUUCCCUAAAAUAAACUGAAUUUAAAACCCUUGCCACCAUCGUUUGCUCCAUAAUGUAUAACUUUUGGGUAUUAAUAUACAAUUCGUCGUAAAUUCCUAUUGCGCUCUUGAAGGCAAUCAAUACAUUAAACAACUAAAUUACAAAGCCCGGCGGGGUCGUGUGAUAAAGUAAAUGUGGGUCUAGUUCCCUCCAGCCUAUUGCAACUAGUGGCAUUUACUAAUUCUGCUACACGAAGCUGUCUGUCCACGUAGGAUUUUCUCAUCAAUUGCUGCAGGGCCUUCUCAAAGUCCUCCCGGCCAAAAAAAAUAAUACGUGUCACGGCAGAUUUUUAAUGAUAUAUUUUAUGUAACUGUGGAGCAUUCUGCGACCUUAAAUAAACAGAAACUGUAAGCAGGCCACCAUCUUUUGCUCCAUAAUGUAUAGUUUUUGGGUAUACAUUUACAAUUCGUCGUAAAUUGCUUCUACGUUCAUGCGUAUGGACGUGGCGCUGAAUAUAUGUGUGCGUGUGUGAGGGUGUUCUGCGGAUGAAAAAUAAGUCCUUUCGGUUAAAAAUGGGCUUUCUUUUUAAUGAACUUUCAAACAAUGCGAGCUUUGAACAUGUGCGUGGCGAUGCAAGCAAACAACAUCUUAUGCCUAUUACAGGUACUACUUUGGGUCAUACGACCCCGUCAAUCAAUUUUUGUUGGUAUUUCUCGUAGGCGAGUGUUGUUGUUGACAAAUGCAUAUUUUUUUCUCGUCGAAAGAAGACAAUAAAUCAAGCGUUAAACAUUGUUGAGUUAUUUUUCGGAUCUCAUAUUCAUUGAGAGCUGGUAAGUCAUUUUUGGGUGUAGAAAGAGAAAAGCCCAUUCAAACCAAACACGUUUAUCUUCGACUAUAGCUUCCUGCACUCCUGUCUCCGAAAUUUUCUAUUACCCAAAGUUUUCACUUAUCCAGCAACUAACGUUAGAAGCGUGCCUCGGAUUGUAUAUCUAGUGGCCCAGUCUGUUUGCGAAAAUAGUAGUCGCAUAAAUCUCCGCCUUUCCGCGUCCUCGAUUUGUAUUUGAUUCCGCAGGUCUCUAUACAUUUUAGUAUUCUAUUUCGUGAGAAUUACUGUCAUGAAGCCUUUAGUCACAUGGGAUAUUGCUUACGUAGCAUAAAAUAGCAUAAAUGUAAUAGCAGAAAUUGCAAGUAAGAACUUUUAGAUAUUCCGGAGAGUAGGCUGACCAUCUUAACGAGAUGAAGUUCGUUCCUAGUAAAAAAACGUAUUUCGUCCCUUAUAACAUUUUACUUGCCAGCAUUAUGACGUAAAGUGGAUACACACGGACUCAGUCAACAGCCUGAGGUGGAUUUAUUAUUGUUAAAGACCAAACUAAGUUGCAUGCCUUCUUAUUCCGACUUGUUCUUGGUAACACAGUCAUCAGCCCGUUAUAUGGUACGCACAUACUCCCCACGCUAUAAAUCAGAACGGGUUGGGCAGUGACUGGGGUCGAGAUAUAAAAAAAACGGAGUAAGGUGAACGACUCAGCCCAUUUGUAUCACUAAAAUAUGUCUGCCGCGCCUAAAGCCAUAACGGUGCACGAUGAACUAGGAGGAUGUCUCUAACAUCUUAUUCGGUGCACUGUUUGUUUUGUGGGUUCAGUGGCUGAGUGGCAUACAGAAAGUCAGGCAGCAAGGACUCCUUCCGAGUGUGGUCUUUAUGACACUCCCACAUAGUGGGACGAGAACCGAGUGCGGAAGCAGACCCAAGUGUGGGGUCCGGCCCUGCCAGCCCAUUGCAUCACCUCCCCCCCCAACCUCCGGUCUUUUUGUGCAUGUCCUGAUAGCGCGCCCAGGCGGGUAGGAUCGAUCCUCUAUUAUCCCUAAAAAACCGCGCGCAAGUCACCGCGCCCGCUCGCACACUACUGUGCGGUCGACGUCGUCGGUCACAAUGAUUGAACUGCCAUAUCACAUAAAGCUGUCGUCUUGUAGCGAUCAUGUCCUCUGCGUCCACCUGCUUUCCAUUAUACAUACUGCUUUUACACUUGUAUUUCAUUUGUUAAACCAUGAUAAGUAUUUUCUCCAAAUCGUGGCAUGCUGUAUGGGAAAUAAAUUGGGAAGUAGCAAACAGUACAUGUCACCUGGGAAGGUAAUUAUCUGGCUGUAGUGAACGAAUGAAUGAAAUUAUGUAAAAAAGAGAGAGGCAGGUAUACCUGGGGGACAUUAUGAAGAUGGCAAUGACAGCACAUGCACAAACCACCACCUACCACACACAAACGCUCUAAAGGGAUUGCCAUAUAUUAUGGUUUCAUUGGAUCGGCCCCUUUUAAUUUCCUUUGUUAUCGUUAGCACUGAAUUGGAACAUUUGAAUUGAUUUUUCUUAGUGCACCCGUCAAAUACUUAUCAAACUUUGUCUUGAAUAAUUUUAUGCGAGCGAACCGCUUGUCGUAGAACUCUCCAUCACCAAGGCGUAUUGCGGAAACGUAGUCAACAUAGCAGUUAUUUGCAGGUGUAUGCCUGUCCGUCCAACCAGUGAUGUUAACGCUCGCUGUCAUAUGUCCAAGCUUUAUUAUCGAAGCUGGAAAUCGAAGCAGAGUCUUGGCCUAGUAAAAGAAAAGAAUAAUUUUGAAAUUCUGCAACAAAUCUCAGGUACAAUAUAUUACAAUUUAUGAGAAGUUGUGAGUUCAUAACAUACCUGGCGCCAGUAUAGAUUAACUGUAAUAAGCACAUUUUGGCAGUUAUAUUUCAGUAAAUCCGGAUUACGAAACACACGACAACCCGUCACCCGUUGAAAACCUCCAAUUUCAAGGGGCAUAGAAAGGACUUGCGUAUCGAAUGUAAAUAAUUUAGUUUGUUCCCUCAGAAGGAUAAAACUCCGCAGAAGGAAUUCAUUAAAGCUUGUGAUCACCUAAUCAUCAAAACAUCUUGCAUAUUCAUGUCAAGGAAUAAUCGCAUGUUCAACAAUCACUCUGGACAAUUAAGACCUACUUCGAGCAGUCAGAAAAUGCUGAUAAACUUUUGAGUAAAAGUUGAUAUUUUAUUGCAGCUCUAUGCGGAAAUAUAAAAAGGUGAGCAGAAAAGCAAACAAGAUUGUAAACAGUUACAGUAAACUACUUUAAUUAAUCGUAUAAUUUAUCGAAGACAACAGUACAACCGAUUUUAACGUCUUUUUUGCUGACUCAACAUAGUCUUUUAAAUUUGAGAGGUCACGAAAAUGUCAAGGUUUCUAGCAAUCCUUUUAAACGAUCGAAGCCAGUUCUCUGAAAGACAAACGCAUGCCUGCUACGCGUGUCGUCUCACACUAUGCUAUCUUAAGAUUUCUUAAAUUCUGACAGGGAUCGAAUAGCACACUUACAAAAAUUUAAGACAUAAAACAUUGCAGACGCAUGUAAACAAUAUUGUCUUCGUGCAAAAAUAAAUGCGCAAAAGACGUUUAUUGAUAUUCAAACGUUAAACAAUUCUUUAAAGAUGAAUUGUGUGGGUAAGACAGCAUAUUGCAGAGACUGCUGUUAAUGGAAAUGUUCAUAUAGAGAAAUGACUACGAUGCUGCUAUGUUUGCAGAUUACUCACGCUUGCCUGUCUGCAUGCUAAAAGUAAUUGCAAAAACCAUAAAAGAACUGGAAAUACUGCGACAUUCAUCAUCGUAAGCCAACAAAGUGUAUGGAAAACUGAGAGGUGUUCACAACUAAAAUACCUUUCUGCAGCCGCGUCCAAUCGCAUGUUUGGGCUAAAGUCGACUGAUGAUUCGUUUUGAAUACGCAAUUGAACUUUUAUCCUCAUCCAAAGUACGCGGUUUAAUUAGUGUUAGUUUGACGCUCCUGAAUGGAUAACGAUUGCACACACAUUAACCAUCAUCUGUGCAGAUGCGCCUGACCUAGCCACUUCAAAGCAUGCCUUACGUAAAUUCCCCAAUAGGCUGAGGCUUUCUUGGCAAGAUGGAUAGUCGCAACGAUGUUCGGGGGCAUACACUCACUUCUUCUCCUAGCAGAUACUGGUUACAUGCUCGUCAAUGUGGGACGUGACGCAGACUUUUGAAUCUGCCUCAGUGUCUAGCUGCAUUCAAAACGACUUCCCGCAAGUAGCCUAGUUUGUAAUUACUUCAAAACCCGAGAGUAUUGCAAAGGCGAUUCUCGGUAUCAAAUUACUGCGAGGAAAUUCUCCGAUCGCAUCGUCCUUAAUCGCCCCAACAUGCAUCUGCAACACAGAGGUCAAUACUCAGGUUUCAGUAUGGCCGGCUGAUAUCGACUAAGCCACAAGAAAUAGUCGUUCAAGCCACCCUAGUAUUUUUUGAUAGUAGGUUUCAUGACAGAUUUCAAUAAAGUCCUUUUUCCAACCCUGAAAAACGCAGUUAACUAAGAAUUCCUAAUGUAUGAUUGCAAAUGUAAGACUUUAAGGUGAUCAACACUUUAAUCAGCUAAAUUACAAAGCCCGCCGGGGGUCGUGUGAUAAAGUAAAUGUGGGUCUAGUUCCCUCCAGCCUAUUGCAACUAGUGGCAUUUACUAAUUCUGCUACACGAAGCUGUCUGUCCACGUAGGAUUUUCUUAUCAAUUGCUGCAGGGCCUUCUCAAAGUCCUCCCGGCCGAUAAAAAUAAUACGUGUCUCGGCAGAUUUUUAAUGAUAUAUUUUAUAUAACUGUAAAUUCCUUCUGCGUUCAUGUGUAUGGACAGGGCGGUGAAUAUAUUUGUGCGUGUGUGAGGGUGUUUUGCGGAUGAAAAAAAGGUCCUUUCGGCUAUAAAUUGGCUUUCUUUUUAAUGUACUUUUCAACAUGCUAUUCAACAUGCCUAGGUAGUUAACUGGAUAUUCUACAGUAGUAGACCUAAAAGACAGCUGUCAGUUUUGCCUGUCCUCGCAAUAUUUCACGAGGGGAAAAUGCUGUGGCUAAGGUUUUAUCCUCGGAAAUAUGCUGGAAAAUCAACAACUUAUUUACUUUCAGCCUCAGGCUCACCAGAAUGCAAAUACGUGUGAGUGAUAGUCUGUUGAAAUAAGGACACAUGUCAAUAGUAGUGAAAAUUCGAUUCCCGGGUGGCAUAUCAAAAGAAGAGGAGGCCUUCACCGGGAGAGGUGUAUUUGAGGUCUGACGUUUCGGUUAGUCGUUUCUUCUCCCACAGUGAUUGGUUUAAUGUCAAAAAACGUCGUACAUUUUUUACCAACCUGUGUUUUUCUUUGGCACCAAAAGGCGCCCUGCUCCCCGACAGCAAUGUUUAGAGGGGCCUAAAGUCGAAUCCAAGUAGAUCAUACAAAAUAUCUUCAAGAGUUAUUAAAAAAGAUGUUUCUACAAGACAGAAAGGGUGGGUUUUUAAAACUGAAACUGUGUGUAAUAAAACGAAACGACUGAUCUGCAGGUAUUGCAGUAUCAAAUUAUCAGACGGAAUUGAUUGCGUUUUUUCUAAGAAAAUCGGUUUUUAUAGCAGCAUGUUAUCUUUGGAAAAGGGUCGCCGGUUUAAUGUUCUAGAGUCAGAUCCGUUAAUGGUUAAGUCGCAAAAGUUCCCACUCGCAUUUCUCUGUGUAAUGCACCCGUAUGUUCCUAUCAUUUUGCAAAUAUUCCCUAAAAUAAGGGGGCCAAGAGCAGCGUUUAGAGCCUUUGAGCAAAAAUCUAUAUUACCGUAUAUGCGGACAAUUAUAAAUGUCAUUGGCGAACGUAGACAUGGCUUGGUAAAUCAGACGGGCAUUUUGACCUGUGCAGCAACUACAGUUCCUUAAAAGUAAUUCUUGCCACACAUUGAUGGUAGAAAGUUGUUUGAGAACGAACACAUCAAUUUUCUAAUACACAGGCGAGUUAUCGUUUUAGCGUCGUACCCUCAAGUAUAGUAAAUAGUGCCAUAAAAAACCCUUCGUUCGAAUACGUUAAUUUUUUCCUGGCAUUUGCGAAGACGUGAUGAUUGACCAAUAAAAUGAUAAAAAAUAACAUUUACGUCUGUGCAAACUCGAUUAUGUUUUUACGUUAUUUGGUGACGGUAAAGUAAAAAAUUAACACCGUUAAGUGUGUUGCUGUUCAAAUAAAAAGUAUUCUGGACACCCGUGAUAGUAUAAAGAAACUAGAACAGACAUCGACAGCAAAAAGAGCUGCAUAAUGUGUGCAUCCGUCAAAUGAUACAGAAAUAAAACCGAUUUCUGUGAGGUAUAUACAACAUACUUGCUCUGAAUUGUACCUUUGAUUGGGAAUGGUUAUUUUAGUUGGGUCGUAUAGGCUAGGUACCGGGUGCCAUCCUCACAAUAUAUUUCACUUUUAUGAAUGCGCUUUUUGCUAGCUGCCUGUUAAAAAAACGCACUCUUUGUAAGAUGACUACUUACCUAAUAUAGACGUUUGAAAUUAAUUUCUCAUAUAUCUGCUACUCCAAACAUAUUUAUUAGACAAGACACGCAAAUAUCCUUUUGUCUACAAAUCCAACUGUAAAUUACGUCUUCUCCAAUGUUUACAGACAAAGAAACGCCAGCAUUUUGAUCCAAAGUCUAAAAUAAUGAACGUUUUGUAAAAGCGAAAUGUCCAUUCAUGCGGUAUCAUGAAUAAAGGCGAAAUUUCGAGUUCCUGGAGUAUCAUAAGUGAAGAACAAAAGUCGACCACCGGAACACUGUGUUUAUUGUCCUGUGCUUUCAGACUCGUACAGUAGUCCAUCAUCAGAGGUAGUGGCGGCAAAAGAACAAGCGAAUGUUAUAUGGCAUGCGGGCAAAUCGUCGACUGACGGCGCAAGACGGGAGGCGACUAAGUGGGGAUCUGUACACCUGCGACAGAUCGAUAAAUCGAUGGACCGAGUUCUCAUCCAGGCCCCACGCUUCAAUCAAUUCUCGCCCUGUUUUGUCUGUGGCAUGGGCGGCUACUUUGGUGCCUGCGAAGUUAAACGCGUGACCUAUUUCGUAGGUGUGGGCGACCAAUUGUGA